ACUCAUCUCAAAGGACAGGAUCGGCUGAGAAGGUGAAAAACCAAACCCGCGAGCAGCAAGCACUGAUUUCACAUGCGCACUGAGGUGGUGGUGCCUUCUGUUUCAAGUAGCAAGGCUUUGAGCAUCCUGUCAUAUCUUCAAAUUCAAGCUGAGAGUAAAGUUGAACUUUCCAUAUGAGGCUGCCUAGCAAUUCGACAAAGUGGAAAUUAGAUCAAGCAAAGCGUGAGCCCUUCUAUAUUUUGGAGCUUCCUGCGCUGAAAUGGACUCUUCGACAGUAGUUAUUGCGUUAUUCAUAGGCUUAAAUAGGCAAUGCUUGCAGUAUAAUCUCGUGGAAAAUAAAAUGGCAUGAACAUCUGUAAGGAGUUAUCAAGAGUGAGACAACCCAAAGCUUUAAGGAAAUAACAUGUUGCCUGCUUUUCUCCAAGACAUCACAGCAAUAGGGACAUGGGUCUCUAUUUUUAGACACCAAUGUUCCGACCAUAAAUGAACAACUUGCUCCUAAAUGUGAUCUGAUAGUGUGCGUUGCACCUGAUCUAGAGUAGCCGACAUCGCUGGAGAACAUGGAACGCCGUUUACCUUAUUCAUUUUCCUCAAGGGUUGCAAAGUGAUGAGAGGUUUCCGGAAAAUCUCCUAGAAAGCGACAUGGGAGACAUAUAACUUUUGCACAAUGGAAUCCAGAACACUUUUAUCUGCUAAUAGAGGUCGCUACUCCUGUGAGACUUUAUUUCGUUUUUUUGUCUUUGAAAUAUAAUUUCACAGCAAUUGUGUCUGUAAAUUACAAGUUGAGGAAAAGUGUGGACAAAAAUAACUCCGACUAAAUCCUAUCAAAAAUAAUAAUUUCAUCCUAUCGAGACCAAAUCUCCAGGGCUUUUAUGGGAAUUAAACACUCCUCCCGCUGUAUGCUGCUCAGGGGGGAAAUGGCGGAGUCUGAGAGCACUGAGCAACAGCAGCAGCCACAGCCAAUCCGCAUCAUCCAAUCUCAGCGCGUGCAGCCCACCUCGCUGCCCAAGCCUGUGCACUCUGUCCACCAUGUCCCGCGGCCGCCCCAUACGCCCCACGCUGCCUCCCUGCCUAGCUGCCCUGGCCGGGGGAAGAUGACCAAGUUCCUCAACCCUGAGGAGAUGACCUCCAGGGACUACUACUUUGACUCCUACGCCCACUUUGGAAUCCAUGAGGAGAUGCUGAAGGACGAAGUGAGGACGCUGACCUACAGGAACGCCAUGUACCACAACAAGCACGCCUUCAAGGACAAGAUCGUCCUUGACGUUGGCAGCGGGACCGGCAUCCUGUCCAUGUUUGCAGCCAAGGCGGGAGCCAAGCAUGUGUACGGGAUUGAAUGUUCCAGUAUAUCGGAGUACUCUGAGAAAAUCAUCAAGUCUAACCACCUGGACAGUGUUAUUACUAUCUUCAGGGGCAAGGUGGAGGAGGUGGAGCUGCCAGUGGAGAAGGUUGACAUCAUCAUCUCAGAGUGGAUGGGCUACUGUCUCUUCUACGAGUCCAUGCUCAAUACCGUCAUCUUUGCAAGGGACAAGUGGCUGAAACCCGGCGGUCUGAUGUUUCCCGACCGUGCUGCACUGUAUGUGGUGGCCAUCGAGGACAGGCAGUACAAGGACUUCAAAAUCCACUGGUGGGAGAACGUGUAUGGCUUUGACAUGACCUGCAUCCGUAACGUGGCCAUGAAGGAGCCCCUGGUGGACAUAGUGGACCCCAAACACGUGGUCACCAACUCUUGCCUGAUCAAGGAGGUGGACAUCUACACAGUGAAGACUGAGGACUUGUCCUUCACUUCAGCAUUCUGCCUUCAGAUCCAGAGGAACGACUACAUCCAUGCCCUGGUCACCUACUUCAACAUUGAGUUCACCAAGUGUCACAAGAAAACUGGCUUCUCCACCGCCCCUGAUGCUCCGUUCACACACUGGAAACAGACAGUCUUCUACCUGGAGGACUACCUGACCGUAAAGAGGGGCGAGGAGAUCAUUGGCAGUAUUAACAUGAAGCCCAACGAGAAGAACAUACGUGACUUGGACUUCACCUUUGAGCUGGAUUUCAAAGGACAGAUAUGCGAGGCAGCCAUCUCCCACGACUACAAGAUGCGCUAGCUAGGUGUCCAAUAGGGAGAAGCCGGCGCGCUAUGCCGCGCCUGCAGCCCCACAAAUACACAGAGGGAAAGAAGAGGCACUCCUCUCGACAACAGACAAUAAUGAGGAUGGGAUGGAGGGAGGAGAGGGAGUGCAUUAGAGGGAUCAGAGAGGGUGGGAUGGAGGGAGGAGAGAAGUUCAGAUAGAGGUAGGAGAUGAAGGGAUGAGAGAGGGUGGGAUGCAGGAAUCAGAGAGGAGAUAGAGAGAAUAGAUGAAGGGAUGAGAGAGGAUGGAUGGAGAGAAAUGGAGGGAUAGGCUAGAUCAGAGGAGGCAGGUUAUGAUGAGAGAAGCUCAUCAGCGCAGGGCUGACACUCCAAGCAAUAUCAACAUGCUCACAUUGACACCUCUAACUGGCACAUUACUGUGAGGCCAACUGUUCAGAGGACAACUUUGAAUGUAACACCUUAUGAAUUCAAGAAUGUUCUAGUCAUUAUGAAUGUUAUUGAUUGAUCUAUACUGUAUGUGAGAGGUGGCAACCAAUGUUAUCUUCUACAGCAAGUUUGGAGCCCAUAUGAUCAAUUACUGUAUUUUUCAGGAACUUCACAUUUAUAUUGCAUAUAAUGAUAAUAUAUAUAUAUAUAUAUCCUACAGCCAGUAGGCUUUUUCAAAUAGGCUUUUUAAAUGACCCAAUUAUGCAUGUUUUUUAAUAAUCUUCAUAUCUGGUAAAGGUACAGUAAUUGAAUAUAUCAGAAAUUCAGUACUGCAUACUGUAUUGUGUAAGGAUGUGAAUAUUUAUAUAUAUAUACUGCUCAAAAAAAUAAAGGGAACACUAAAAUAACACAUCCUAGAUCUGAAUGAAUGAAAUAUUCUUAUUAAAUACUUGUUUCUUUACAUAGUUGAAUGUGCUGACAAUAUCACACAAAAAUUAUCAAUGGAAAUCAAAUGUAUCAACCCAUGGAGGUCUGGAUUUGGAGUCACACUCAAAAUUAAAGUGGAAAACCACAAUACAGGCUGAUCCAACUUUGAUGUAAUGUCCUUAGAACAAGUCAAAAUGAGGCUCAGCAGUGUGUGGCCUCCACGUGCCUGUAUGACCUCCCUACAAUGCCUGGGCAUGCUCCUGAUGAGGUGGCGGAUGGUCUCCUGAGGGAUCUCCUCCCAGACCUGGACUAAAGCAUCCGACAACUCCUGGACAGUCUGUGGUGCAAUGUGGCGUUGGUGGAUGGAGCGAGACAUGAUGUCCCAGAUGUGCUCAAUUGGAUUCAGGUCUGGGGAACGGACCCCAGUCCAUAGCAUCAAUGCCUUCCUCUUGCAGGAACUGCUGACACACUCCAGCCACAUGAGGUCUAGCAUUGUCUUGCAUUAGGAGGAACCCAGGGCCAACUGCACCAGCAUAUGGUCUCACAAGGGGUCUGAGGAUCUCAUCUCGGUACCUAAUGGCAGUCAGGCUACCUCUGGCGAGCACAUGGAGGGAUGUGCGGCCCCCCAAAGAAAUGCCACCCCACACCAUGACUGACCCACCACCAAACCGGUCAUGCUGGAGGAUGUUGCAGGCAGCAGAACGUUCUCCACGGCGUCUCCAGACUCUGUCACGUCUGUCACAUGCUCAGUGUGAACCUGCUUUCAUCUGUGAAGAGCACAGGGCGCCAGUGGCGAAUUUGCCAAUCUUGGUGUUCUCUGGCAAAUGCCAAACGUCCUGCACGGUGUUGGGCUGUAAGCACAACCCCCACCUGUGGACGUCGGGCCCUCAUACCACCCUCAUGGAGUCUGUUUCUGACCGUUUGAGCAGACACAUGCACAUUUGUGGCCUGCUGGAGGUCAUUUUGCAGGGCUCUGGCAGUGCUCCUCCUUGCACAAAGGCGGAGGUAGCGGUCCUGCUGCUGGGUUGUUGCCUUCCUAUGGCCUCCUCCACGUCUCCUGAUGCUCUGGACACUACGCUGCCAGACACAGCAAACCUUCUUGCCACAGCUCGCAUUGAUGUCCCAUCCUGGAUGAGCUGCACUACCUGAGCCACUUGUGUGGGUUGUAGUCUCCGUCUCAUGCUACCACUAGAGUGAAAGCACCGCCAGGAUUCAAAAUUGACCAAAACAUCAGCCAGGAAGCAUAGGAACUAAGAAGUGGUCUGUGGUCACCACCUGCAGAACCACUCCAUUAUUGAGGGUGUCUUGCUAAUUGCCUAUAAUUUCCACCUGUUGUCUAUUCCAUUUGCACAACAGCAUGUGAAAUUUGUCAAUCAGUGUUGCUUCCUAAGUGGACAGUUUGAUUUCACAGAAGUGUGAUUGACUUGGAGUUGCAUUGUGUUGUUUAAGUGUUCCCUUUAUUUUUUUGAGCAGUGUAUAUAAAAUGUGUAUUUGCAGUCAGGCGAAGUACUGUAGCUUUUCAGGUGGGUGCAAAAUAACAGUAUGAGAGCUCACAUUUGCACAGCUUGCACUCCAAAGUGGUGGUCUGUGGUUUCUGUUAGAGCUGUGAUGUCAACAUUGUAAUCAGUAUAGACCGGGGCCCUUGUCUAGAUGCCUGCAAAAGCUCCUGGCUACAAAGCCUACAUCUCUAUAGUGCUGUAAUUUAUCAUACUAUAGAUAAUUAGGUAAUCACAAUUUUCAACAAUAACCAUGAUCUCUUAAGUUCUGUAAAAUGGUUGAUGUGGAGACACUGAAGCCACACCAGGGGAAGAUCUUAAUUCCAUAAUUCUCAUGUCUUCUUGCCUCACCUCCUCAAAACCCAUUGGAUGAGAAAGCCAGAGGUCCCGUCCCUCUGACCAGCUCCACUGGGUUUUGAGAUGCAGACGAGGAGAGGACACGAGGAUUAUGCAAUUGAGAUCGCUCCCAGCAUUCAGUGGGUGGGGCCUCACAUCGUUACCAUUUUUCCCUCUGGCUCCACUGAUCUCAGCUCUGCGACUGGCCUGUCCUCAGAGCCUCACAGCUCUCAUCAGUUAGUCCCGUCCUUAGAUCAGUAGCAAAGUGUUCAUUCUGGCCUCUCUGCUCGGCGCGUCAGUUGACAGCAACUCCUUCCCUUAACCUGAGGUCUUACUAAGGUCGUCUCCAAGGCAACAACUGGAGGUGUCCUCCAGUCCAACUGUGACCUCUCCUCGCAGUUGUGUAGUACUGUUACACCAGAGGUGUCAAACUCUUUCCACGGAGGGCCGAGUGUCUGCAGGUUUUUCAAUUCAAUUAAGACCUAGACAACCAGGUGAGGGGAGUUCCUUACUAACUAGUUACCUUAAUUCAUCCCUUAAAUAGAAAAGGUGGAGUGAAAACCCGCAGACGUUCAGCCCUCCGUGGAAUGAGUUUGACACGUGCGUUUACACCAUCCUUCCUUUACGCAGCCAAGAUCCUCACUCCCAGUCCCCUCGCUCUCCCAUGCCUUUCUGUGAAGCUCAUCAGCACAGCACUUAUGACUGUUCAGAAGAUAUAGGACAUGCCAUGUAUGAAUAGACCAGUGGGCAGUAAUGAGUGAGUCACAUUUGAUGGAUGUACAAUCUGUUCAGUAAAGUGUCCGACUAUGUUCAGUUUCAUGUUGAGCGCUUACUUGUGAGAGCAUAGAUUUGUAUAGUAUUCUAUUGUAGAUGCUGUGCUAUACACACAGUAGAUGAAUAAACUAAACCUGUAGAUUAACAAGUUGAUACUGGAUCAAAAGCAAAAGUAGUUAGUCUUUCUAACUUCAAAGGAAAUCCAUUUAAAUAAUUUUCAGUAGCAUGCACUGUUGUCUUUGGAAUUAAGUCAGUGAUUUAAGCUAACUUUAAGGUUUGGCCUUUAGCAGAUCUAACAUGACUAGUGUUAUUCCAGUUUACCACUCAUGGCAUUCAGUUGGUUAUUUACACCAAGUACUAAAACAACAUGGUUGCCCAUUUCAUGUCAGCUACUGAAAUUGUGCUGUGUGUGUUAAUUUGGUAUGACAAUUCUGAGUUGAAAAAUAGUUAUAUUCAAGCUUUGUAUUGUAUUGUUAAUUUUACCUCCCGUCAUGUAACAGUUAAAUAAAAGUUAUCGCUCAAGAUCAAUAUUA